GUAGUCAGCUGACCCCGCCCGGAUGGCACGUGACACUUACGUCACCUCGACGGGAGCAACUCCAUUGUAGACAAAGCAGCAGCCGCAAAAUGGACAUGAAGAAGAGGAUCCACCUGGAGCUUCGGAACAGGACACCGGCCGACGUAAAAGAGCUUGUCCUGGAUAAUUGCCGGUCAAAAGAUGGAAAAAUAGAGGGGUUGACAGACGAAUUUGAAGAACUGGAAUUUUUAAGCACAAUCAAUGUCUGCCUCAGCUCUGUCGCAAAUUUACCAAAGUUAAACAAAUUAAAAAAGUUGGAGUUGAGUGAUAACAACAUCUCUGGUGGACUGGAAGUCCUGGCAGAAAAGUGUCCAAGCCUCACACACCUCAACCUAAGUGGCAACAGGAUAAAGGACCUGAGCACACUAGAACCUCUGAAAAAAUUAGAGAGCCUAAAGAGCUUAGACCUGUUCAACUGCGAGGUCACCAACCUCACCGACUAUCGAGAAAAUGUCUUCAAGCUCCUGCCCCAGCUCACUUAUUUAGAUGGCUAUGACCGUGACGAGAAGGAAGCUCCUGACUCUGAUGCUGAGGCCUACGUGGAGGGCUUGGAUGAUGAUGAUGACGAAGAGGAGGAUGAGGAAGACUUCGAUGAUGACGUGCCACCUGGUGAAGAGGGCGAGGAGGACGAUGACGAAGAGGAGGGAGAAGAAGAGGAAGUAAGCGGCGAAGAAGAGGAGGAUGAGGAUGAGGCUGACCAGGACGAAAAAGGUCAGAAAAGAAAACGGGAGCUUGAAGAUGAGGGAGACGAGGAUGAUUAAUCCACAGGACAAGGUACAUGAGGAGCGCGCCUUGUGACUGACAAAGAGGACUGAACCCCAAGAACCUUUUUUUGAAAACCCUGUUGUACUUUGACUGUUUUUACCUUGAAUUGCCCUGACCUUUUAUCUCCUGAUUUGUAAGGUUGCCGUGUGCCGGACAGAAACCACAAGAAGAGUCACGCUUGGUAUUUUUACUGCUGUUCUUGCAAGUUUUUCUAAUUAUGAGGUUUAUUUUGUGUUUUGCCACUUAUUUCAGUACAGCCCCAGUCUUUCCAGUGGCCAUUACUUGUUUUAUUGUUUUGGGGGGGAGUUUAGUUUUAGUUUUUACUCCAUGUCCUUCCAGCUGCCUUUGAAGAAAGACUUAGUUACUUUGGGCCUCAUGCAUUAAAUCUG